AUGGCUCAUUUGCACCACAAGCCUCCUCUCUCAGUUGUAAAAGCGAGGAAAAUAGAGGAACAUAAGAGAAAGAAGGAACGCAGAAAUUUGGAGAAAAAGGAGCGAGAACGACUUAAUAGAGCGAAAGAAGCUCGAGAAGCUUCAAAAGCUCGGGAGGAAAACACUCGACCUUCACAAACAGAAUCGACACCUGCUGGUGGUGCACCUGGAAUGGGAGACUUUUAUCAGUUUUUGAACGAUCCGGAUGUUCUUCAAGCUUUCCAGGAUCCAGAGGUAGCUGAAGCCUUCAAAGACAUAUCUUCAAAUCCGGCCAACAUGCUCAAAUAUCAGGGAAACCCGAAAAUAAUGGCUCUGAUAAACAAAGUGGCCUCAAAAUUCGGAGGUGCUGGAGGUAUGGGAGGACUGGGUGGGAUGGGAGGUCUGGGUGGAAUGGGAGGUCUGGGUGGAAUGGGAGGUAUGGGAGGAUUUCCAGGAAUGAUGGGAGGCAUGCCAGGAUUUCCAGGAGCAGGAGCAACACCUCCACCAAAACCUUCUGCUCCCAGCGACGAUGCUGGUCUCGACUAA